AUCAUAAUUUAUUUUCAAAGAGUGAUAUUGAUUGGUAAUUUGGUAAUGUAUGAGACUUGAGAGGGACUGUUUCUUAUUCAACCUGGUACACCCCGCUGGUUAAGGGCAUUUCUGACAUUUCAGGUGCUCCACCGUGGCAUUUCUGACUGUUUCUUAUUCCUUCCCUUCUUCCCCAGUUGUCUUCUCCAUGAAGAAGAAGCGGAAAAACUAGACACAACAAAUAAACCGGCAAUUCAAGCAAGCAUAAAAAAAAGCAAGCAAACCUUCUCCCUCUCUCUCUCUCCUUCUCCUCUCUCUCUCUCUCUCUCAAGCAACACUGAAAGCCUGAAACCAAAGGAAGCAAGCAAUACCAUACCUGUGCAAUGUUCCAUUUCGUCACUCCAGGGUUAAAAUGUGUUGGCGCUUCGUGAUUUUCUGAUUUGUUAGGGGACUAAGAGCUGCUUCUUGGCCCCUGGCAGAUGACUUGCAAUUGGAUGCUGUUUCUUAAGGGAAGAUAAUGAGCGGAAAACUCCACUGCCCAUUUCUUGGGGUUUCACUACACAGCUCUUUAAAUGGUAGAAACAAUGGAAAAUUCAUUUGUUGGGACAGAGGGCGUACGGGAAAAAGGGCUGCUCGCAGGUGUGUAUGUGAAAAGCAGAACUAUUGGAUUACUCAAGCGAUUAAGGUUUCACAUUUUUGGGGAAAAAAUGUGGAGUUAUUAAGGAGAACCUUCGAGCUAAAAAAUGGGAUGAAGGUGCAAUGUGUUAAAGAGCCCUUUUCUCAAAGCAAGGCUCUGACGUGGUCUUUGUCUCAUCUGUUGGAAGAGGGGUUGCUUUUAAUUAGGUGCUCUGUAUUUUUGGCCACCAUAUCCGGUGUAUGCUUAUUGGUAUGGUAUGGGCAAUUAAAAGCCAAGGGUUUCAUUGAAGCCAAGCUUUUGCCUUCUGUUUGUUCAGUACUCAGUGAAUAUAUUCAGCGUGAAGUUGUUUUUGGUAAGGUUCGGAGGUUAUCGCCUUUGAGCGUCACACUGGACUCUUGUUCAAUUGGGCCUCAUAAUGAGGAAUUUUCUUGUGGUGAGGUCCCAUCUAUGAAACUUCGGCUUCGUCCUUUUGCAAGUCUGAGGAGGGGAAGGAUUGUGGUUGAUGCAGUUUUGUUGCAUCCGACGGUCUUGGUUGCACAGAAGAAGGAUUAUUCUUGGUUAGGGAUACCCUCAAAUGAAGGUGGUCUACAGAGGCACUUAUCUAACGAAGAGGGAAUUGAUCAUCGAACCAAAAUCCGAAGGCUUGCUCGAGAAGCAGCAGCUGCUUGCUGGGAAAGAGAAAGAGAUGAAGCGGCAAAAAAAGCUGCAGAGAUGGGUUACAUUGUUACUGACAAGGGUUCUAGUCCUGCAAAUGUAAAUGACUCGAAGGAAGGUGAUAGCCAUUCAGUAGAUUUAACAAGUUCUGAGUCAUUUCCGUGCAUGGAUGAAAAGAUGUACUGGAGGGAUCAUUGCAUGGACACAGGUGUUGAUUAUGAAAUAAAGCAUGCAGAUUUGGAGAAAUCGUUGGGUGUCAAAAUUCCUGGGUUAGGGCUUAAAUUUUGGUCCAGAUUGAUAAGGGGGCCUAAAAAGCACAAAUUUAAAAGGAAGGGUUAUGGGAGUGAUAUCUCUACUUCCGGUAUUACUGCCAAAAGAAGAAUUCUCGGGUACAGUGCAGCAAGGGCACUUGCAUAUUUUCAGGAUCUAUUUCAUCAGAAGUCUGAGCCUUCACAGUCAUCUGGAGGUUAUGAUGUGAUGAACUUUGACACCUAUUUGUUCAACAAUGUGGCUGAUACUAAUGCUGACGCUUCUAUCACAAGUACUGGUGAAAAAACUGUAAGUGACGAUAACCACAAUGGAAAACAUUAUGGAGAUUCAGCAGACCAUCCUCUUAAAGAAAAUGAGAACGUCAACAGUCAUUUAAGUAGUUCUAAUUUCAUAGAAGAUCUACUUCCUAUGACUUUAGAUAGGUCUACUGGAGAUGGGACAUCCGGUAAAACUUUCCCAUCCGCUGAAAAUGUUGCAGGAGCUAAUACCAAAAGUGGUAACGUAAAAGAGGAUUUUGGAGUUGAUGAUGUAAAUAAGCAUACCGGUGAUGAGAUAUCGGAGGGGCAAAGUGGUCAGAUGUCGCAGAAUUCAAAUUUUGCUACAUACGAUCAAGUUCCUAUCUGGCCCCUAAGCCUGAAAUUAGGCUUGUCCUCCUUGUCUAGGUAUGCAGCAGAGCCAUUAGCCUUUCUCUCUGGACCCAUUCAAAAGCUGAUGUCUAUGGGCCCCAGAGUUGAAGAUAUUGUUGCAGAACUUGUUGACGGGGUCGGUGUUGUGCAGUCUGAAGGCUUUGAGAAGAUACUUCCAGUUACACUAGAUUCUGUUCAUUUCAAAGGAGGAACAUUGAUGCUGCUUGCAUAUGGCGAUAGGGAACCUCGAGAGAUGGAGAAUGUCGAUGGACAUGUGAAGUUUCAAAAUCUCUAUGGUCGGGCUCACGUUCAAGUUAGUGGAAACUGUAAGAUGUGGAGAUCUGAAAACAUAUCUGAAGAUGGUGGCUGGUUGUCUACGGAUGUUUUUGUUGACAUUGUUGAACAGAAAUGGCAUGCCAACUUAAAAGUUGCCAACUUGUUUGUUCCGCUUUUUGAAAGGAUAUUAGAAAUUCCAAUAAUUUGGUCCAAAGGAAGAGCCACUGGUGAGGUUCACUUGUGCAUGUCAAAUGGAGAAACAUUUCCAAAUCUUCAUGGACAGCUUGAUGUGACAGGGUUGGCUUUUCAAACAAUUGAUGCGCCAUCAUCAUUUUCUGAUAUUUCAGCAAGCUUAUGUUUCCGUGGCCAACAAAUAUUCCUACACAAUGCAAGUGGCUGGUUUGGUGAUAUUCCCUUGGAAGCUUCUGGAGAUUUUGGCAUUCAUCCUGAGGAAGGAGAGUUUCAUCUUAUGUGUCAGGUUUCUUGCGUGGAAGUAAAUUCCUUGAUGAAAACUUUCAAAAUGAAACCUCUCUUGUUUCCGCUGGCUGGUUCAGUGACUGCUGUGUUUAACUGUCAAGGUCCACUGGAUGCACCUAUAUUUGUGGGAAGUGGAAUGGUCUCUAGAAGGAUAUCUCAUCCAGUUGCUGAUUUUCCUCCGUCCUCUGCAUGUGAAGCAGUUUUGGAAAGUAAGGAAGCUGGUGCAGUAGCAGCAAUUGAUCGUGUACCAUUUUCCUGCUUAUCGGCCAAUUUCACUUAUAACACUGAGAGCUGUGUUGUUGAUUUGUAUGGAAUAAGAGCUAGCCUUGUAGAUGGUGGUGAAAUUCGAGGGGCAGGGAAUGCUUGGAUUUGCCCAGAGGGUGAGGUUGAUGAUACAUCAAUGGAUGUGAAUUUCUCUGGAAGUUUGUGUUUUGAUAAAAUUCUGCAUCGAUAUAUACCUGGGUACCUUCAACUAAUGCCACUCAAGUUAGGGGCUUUAAAUGGAGAGACAAAAAUUUCUGGUUCGCUGUUGAGACCGAGGUGUGACAUUAAAUGGACAGCUCCAAAAGCUGAAGGGUCCUUUAGUGAUGCUCGAGGAGAUAUCAUAAUCUCACAUGAUUCCAUUACUGUUAAUUCUUCAUCUGCUGCUUUUGAUUUGUCUUCGAAAGUUCAAACAUCUUACACUGACGAAGUAUGCUUGCACAGAAGUGAUGGUUAUGCAAAGAAUGCAAUGCCAUUUGUUGUUGAGGGAAUUGAAUUGGAUUUGCGUAUGCAUAAUUUUGAGUUUUUUAACUGGGUAUCUCCUUAUCCUUUCGAUUCUCCAAAACCUAUGCAUUUGAAAGCAACAGGCAAGAUCAAGUUUCAAGGCAAGGUGUUAAAGCCUUGUAGUGUUAAUAAUGGACAAGAUUUUGGUCUAGAGAGAAAUAAUUUACCUGUGGAGAUGACAGAUAAAGAAAAGACAGAGAGCCUUGUUGGAGAGGUUUCGAUUUCAGGUCUUAGAUUGAAUCAGUUGAUGUUGGCGCCUCAGUUGGCUGGAUCAUUGAGUUUGUCCCGUGAGUAUGUCAAGUUGGAUGCCACUGGUAGGCCAGAUGAAAGUCUUGUAGUGGAGUUUGUUGGGCCCUUGAAGCCUAAUAGUGAGGAUAAUUCUCAAAGCGGGAAGUUGGUAUCUUUUUUACUUCAAAAGGGGCAACUAAAAGCAAACAUCUGCUUCCAGCCAUUUCAUUCUGCUAACUUGGAGAUACGCCAGUUACCACUGGAUGAGUUGGAGUUGGCAUCACUCCGUGGAACAAUACAGAAGGCAGAAAUUCAACUUAAUCUUCAGAAACGAAGAGGUCAUGGGCUGCUAUCUAUACUUCGGCCGAAAUUCAGUGGAGUGCUAGGUGAAGCCCUUGAUGUCGCUGCUAGAUGGAGUGGAGAUGUUAUCACUAUUGAGAAAACAGUCCUGGAGCAAAGCAAUAGCCGUUAUGAGCUUCAGGGUGAAUAUGUGUUGCCGGGCUCGCGAGACUGCAACCCUGCUGGAAAGGAAAAGGGUGGCUUCUUGGAAAGGGCAAUGGCUGGGCAUCUGGGAAGUGCCAUAUCUUCUGUGGGGAGGUGGAGAAUGAGAAUGGAAGUUCCUAGAGCUGAGGUUGCUGAGAUGCUUCCCCUAGCGAGACUCAUUUCUCGAAGUACAGAUCCUGCUGUUCAUUCUAGGUCAAAGGAUCUCUUUAUUCAGAGUUUGCAGUCAGUGGGAUUAUAUACUGAAAGUCUUAAAGAGCUACUGGAGGUUAUACAGGGACAUUAUGCUUCAUCAAAUGAAGUUAUUGUAGAAGACUUAAAUCUUCCAGGUUUAACUGAGCUUAGAGGUAGCUGGCAUGGCUGUCUUGAUGCAAGUGGUGGUGGCAAUGGGGAUACCAUGGCAGAAUUUGAUUUUCAUGGCGAGGAUUGGGAGUGGGGUACAUACAAAACUCAGCGAGUUCUGGCAGUUGGUGCAUACAGCAAUGAUGAUGGUUUGCGCCUGGAAAAGAUGUUUAUUCAGAAGGAUAAUGCUACAAUACAUGCAGAUGGGACUUUGUUAGGGCCCAAAACGAAUCUUCACUUUGCUGUUCUAAAUUUUCCUGUUAGUCUAGUUCCUCCAGUGAUUCAGGUGAUUGAAUCUUCUGCUACUGAUGUGGUUCAAUCUUUACGGAAAUUUUUAGCACCAAUUAGAGGUAUAUUGCACAUGGAAGGUGAUCUCAGAGGGAAUCUUGCAAAACCAGAAUGCGAUGUGCAAGUAAGGCUCCUGGAUGGUGCCAUUGGGGGCAUUGAUCUUGAACGAGCUGAAGUUGUUGCUUCUCUAACCUCAACCAGUCGUUUUCUGUUCAAUGCAAAAUUUGAACCAAUCAUCCGAAUUGGGCAUGUUCACAUUCAAGGAAGUGUUCCUGUUAAUUUUGUUCAGAAUAACAUGUCAGAGGAAGAAGAUUCAGAAAAAGAUAAAGGUCGAGCAAGUUUGGAAGGUCGGGUGAAGGAAAGAGGUAGGGGAUCUGUACAUGAUGUCAGUGAAAAGAAACUUUCAAGAGAGCGAAAUGAAGAAGGUUGGAAUACUCGAUUAGCAGAAGGCCUCAAAGGUUUAAACUGGAACCUACUAGAUGUAGGGGAAGUCAGAAUAGAUGUUGAUAUUGAAGAUGGGGGCAUGAUGCUGUUAACUGCCCUAUCUCCUUAUGCUAAAUGGCUUCAGGGUGAUGCUGCCGUGAUGCUUCAGGUAAGAGGCACAGUUGAACAACCAGUACUGGAUGGAUAUGCAUCAUUCCACAGGGCAUCAAUUUCCUCACCAGUUCUCUGGAAACCACUGUCAAACUUCAGUGGCAUAGUUCAUGUGAAAUCGAAUAGGUUAUGCAUCACUUCAUUGGAGGGUAGGGUAAGCAGAAGGGGAAAACUGUUUGUAAAAGGAAACCUGCCCCUUAGAACCAGUGAAGCAUACCUUGGAGAUAAAAUCGACUUGAAAUGUGAAGUUCUGGAAGUACGGGCAAAGUAUAUUCGUAGUGCCCAGGUUGACACUCAGAUGCAGAUAACUGGUUCUAUAUUGCAACCAAACAUCUCUGGAAAUAUUAAAUUGAGCCAUGGUGAAGCAUAUCUACCACAUGAUAAGGGUAGUGAGGCGGCUUCUAAUAGAUUGGCAUCAAAUGAGUCUAGGCUUAUGGCUACUGGUGUUGAUCGGGCAGUUGCCUCAAGGUAUGUAUCACGGUUUUUCAGUUCACAACCUGCUGCUUCGAGGACAAAAUUCUCUCAACCCUCAGUUGAACCAGGUGAAAAGGAGACGGAGCAAGUGAACAUUAAACCGAACGUAGAUAUUCAGCUUACUGAUUUAAAGCUUGCUCUAGGACCAGAGUUGAGAGUAGUUUAUCCUCCAAUUCUCAAUUUCGCAGUUAGUGGAGAGCUUGAUUUAAAUGGCCCAGCUCAUCCCAAAUUGAUACAACCUAGAGGCGUCUUAACUUUUGAGAAUGGUGAUGUAAAUCUUUUGGCAACUCAGGUGAGGCUCAAAAAAGAGCAUCUAAAUAUUGCGAAAUUUGAGCCCGGAAUUGGACUAGAUCCUAUGCUAGAUUUAGUUCUGGUAGGUUCUGAGUGGCAAUUCAGGAUUCAAAGUCGAGCCAGCAACUGGCAGGACAAAUUGGUGGUGACCUCAACUAGCUCUGUGGAACAGGAUGCCCUCUCUCCUACUGAGGCUGCUAGAGUCUUCGAAAGUCAAUUGGCGGCGUCCAUCUUGGAAAACAAUGGGCAGCUCGCAUUCCAAAAGCUUGCAACUACAACACUGGAAAAACUAAUGCCGAGAAUAGAAGGGCAAGGAGAGUUUGGGCAGGCAAGGUGGACGCUAGUGUAUGCACCGCAGAUCCCUAGUUUGCUCUCUGUUGAUCCUACGGUGGAUCCUCUCAAAUCCAUAGCCAGCAAUAUUUCAUUUUGUACAGAAGUUGAAGUCCAAUUCGGGAAACGUCUUCAGGCCUCGAUUGUUAGGCAAAUGAAGGACUCAGAGAUGGCAACGCAAUGGACCUUGACCUACCAUCUUACGAGCCGCCUGCGGGUUCUCCUGCAGUCUGCUCCGUCAAAUCGCCUCCUUUUCGAAUAUUCUGCCACGUCUCAGGAUUAGUCUGCUACCCUUUUUUCUUCCUUUUGAUGUAUCAUUAUUCUUUGCUCAAAAUUGAAUGAGCUCCUUUGUAAGUUGUGCGCCAUCACUAUGUAAAUAGUUCAAUAUUUUAUCAAUGAAAGAAAAUCACCAGUUCUAAGUUUCCAACACUCUA